UCCGCCUCUGCUUUUUGGUCGCUUUGUUUUGAAUAGAUUAGCUUGUCGCCAGCUGAGCUAACCGGAGUCGGGAUGGAAGAGGACCCGGAGACCGGGAAUUCCUCUCGGGCGGAGAGGAAAGCGUUGGAAAAAGCCAAAAUAUUGCAACGCGAAAGAGAGAGAAUGGUUUUCCGGCUGGUCGGACGGGCUCUGAAGAAACCCGAAUCCGAACGAUCAGAGGAAGAGGCCGCGGCGCUGCUGCUUCACAGAGAGGCCGUGGAGGAGCUCUGCAGGAGGCAAAUCCGUAGAAAUGUGCUGAAGAGGAAGCAGGAGGAGGUAUUCGAUGAUGCCAAUGAGUUGAAAGGUAAAGUCAAGCAGCUGGCUGCAGCAGUAAAGCAAGCCAAUCACCUAGUUGUUUACACUGGAGCUGGAAUCAGCACAGCAGCCUCUAUCCCAGACUACAGAGGUCCUAACGGUGUGUGGACACAGCUGCAGAAGGGCCAGGCCAUAAGUUCAUCAGACUUGAGUAAAGCGGAGCCCACUGUAACUCACAUGUGUAUCAGGGAGCUACAUAAGGAGAAGCUGGUGAAACAUGUCGUUUCUCAGAACUGUGAUGGACUUCACCUGCGAAGCGGUCUGCCUCGCUCAGCCCUUUCUGAGCUCCAUGGGAACAUGUUCAUUGAGGUGUGCACUGCCUGUUCUCCUGUCAGGGAGUUUGUACGUUUAUUUGACGUGACGGAGCGGACUUCACUGCACCGCCACGGCACAGGCCGCAGAUGCAGCCAAUGUGGCAGCGAGCUGAGAGACACGAUCGUGCACUUUGGGGAGAGAGGAACCCUGGAACAGCCUCUGAACUGGAAAGGAGCAGCAGAAGCUGCAACAGAGGCCGAUGUUAUACUCUGCUUAGGCUCUAGUCUGAAGGUGCUAAAGAAAUACCCUUGUUUAUGGUCCAUGAAUAGACCUGCAAACAAGCGGCCUAAACUCUACAUUGUGAACCUCCAGUGGACACCAAAGGAUGAUCUGGCUGUACUGAAAAUUCACGGCAAGUGUGACAAUGUCAUGAGUCUGCUCAUGGAGGAGUUGAACGUUCAGAUUCCUAAAUACAGCAGAGCAGAGGACCCGAUCUUCAAUCUAGCUACGCCUCUAGGCCCAGAGGAGAUCCAAAGCCAUACGCGUGAAGUCUUGGUGGCCCCUGAUGAGCAGGCAGGCCCCACAGCCAAGAAUGAACAACCUUUGGAGGAAACCACUUCUCUGCAAGGCGGCUGGUUCGGUCGAGGCUACAGCAAAGGCAGGAGAGCAAGAAAAAAAAAGCUUCAUAACUGAGGGAUAUAUGGAGAAGCUGAAGCAGUCAGGUGCUACCAGUGAUUAUUAUUAUUCCUGUCUUAUUGAUGAGGAAAGAGAUGCAGCUGUUGCUGCUGGUAUUGAUAAACACACACGAGCAUCAUGCAUAUGAGUGAGGGCAUUAACAGAAGGCUCUUUGCACUGUUAUAUUAUUGAACAUUUAUUCAUUAGAAAAACUCCUGUUGUGCAGUAGAUUUAUUUUUAUACUACCUUGUUUAUGGCAGCUACCAGAUCUGGUUAAAUCAUUGCUACUCUCUAAGUUACUUCAGCUGCUGUAAGAUUAUAAGGCAGAUAAAUUAUUUAAUAAAACAGAGUUUAAACAGUUUGUAAAUGGUGAAAUCUCCUAAAAUUACUGAAAAGAGGCUAGAGAAAAAGCUUUUUUUUACGUCAAUACACAGAACCUUAAUUUAGUCUGAGUGGAUAAUUUUGGAAAAGAUUUACUUUUUGCUCUCUGUAUCCUUCAAAUGCAUGCAUUACAACAUGUUUGCUUUUCCUUCAUGCUUUUGAUUUAAUAAUGCUAUCUGCUGAUUGAGAUUGGCUAGAUGAAGGCUAUUCUCCUUCUAGAACUGCCAUACAAAGUAUGCAUUACCUUAGUAUUCAUAUAUAAAAACUAUGAUUAUGUGCAAAAGUCAGAUUUUUUUUUUCCCAAUGGAAUGUUCCAGAAAAAGCAAAUCAGCAUAAAAUGUGAGUUUUGUGCGGUUGAUUUUCUACAUUUUAAAUAUAUUUGUUUAUUUUUUUUUAAGUUGUAUAGGAAGCUGUGCUAUAGUUUAUUUUUUACAAAACUGGUGUUUAUUUGUGGUGUUUUAGUUUACUUCCAUGGCAGUGAUUCAAACCUACCAUCACUUUCACUGAUUAGGUUUACUAUGGUUGAUUUACUUUUUUCUUUUUUGGUUUACUGAGGUUUAGGAAAAGAUCUGAGUUUGACAUUAAACAGCUAAAUUAAAUAUUUUUUCUCAGGAAGAUGUGAUGUAAAAACUUUUCAUUGUAUUUUGUAAAGCAUUUUUUUUAUCAGACACAAUAAAUCAUUAGACAUGUUUACUGUAUUUCCUCCUGCUUUAAUAACACCAGAGGUGCUACUGUAUCUGAAAUGUUUUAUUUAUUUUGAUAUUUUGAUGCUCAAAUGUUUUUUUUUCCUGUUGUUCAAAAGUAAAAAAUCUACACACAGGAAUGUUUGUAACAUUAGGAUAUGUACCAGCCUGAACUGUAUGUAUUAAAAUGUAAUGUCCAAAUGGUUCAUUUCUGCUGUGUAGUGUUUAACUACAUUUGUUUUUGUUCUUUUCCCUCUCACUGGGGAGGAUAUUUAAAUGCUUUACAAAAAUCGCAAUAUUAAAGGCUCUUGA